AUGCCUGUGGGUACUUGCGAAGAUUCAGCAGUUGUUAUCUUAGUGGCACAAACGGAUCGAGACACCGCCCACCCGCCAACGGAGUACAGCAUUCCACCAGCAAUCAAAACGGCAUACAAGCCAUUUUGGUGGAACACACAGUAUAGCAUUUCUAACCAGACAGCCCAGGACGAGUUCUGGGACGCGAUCCACUGGAGUCAUGGGAUGAUCACGAGGGACAAGAAAUGGGCGGAAUCACAAAACUGGCCUGAUACCAUGGAUCUACCCAGUGAUCAUAGCAAAGGCGUGUGGCUGUUGGAAGCAUAUCAUGAGAUUCACUGUUUGCAAAUCCUGAGGGAGGUCACAAAGACAGGCCUAGGUGGUCAACCUUCAACGAUAGAAAAGCAUGUCGGCCAUUGCCUUAACACGAUACUACAGGUGAUAAUAUGUCAUGCCGACUCCACGCCAUUGCGUGUAACAGGAAUGGCAGUUGAGAGAAACGGUCAACUUCGUCAGUGUAAAGACUGGGAGGCACUGAGAAGUUAUGCUAGUGAGUACUCAGCAUGCUACACACCCCUUGUUGAAGGGAACACGGCGGCCGACCAUUUUGGAAAUUGCGAUAAUGGAGAUGGCAUUGUGGCCAUGGUGUCCCAACCAAAACCGGACAAAUAG